AUGGCUGCGGCCGGCGGCGGCAGCGGGGCGGCGGCUGGUCGAGCCUACUCGUUCAAGGUGGUGCUUCUGGGGGAAGGCUGUGUGGGGAAGACGUCGCUGGUGUUGCGCUACUGCGAGAACAAGUUUAACGACAAGCACAUCACCACUCUGCAGGCAUCUUUCUUAACAAAGAAGUUAAAUAUUGGUGGGAAAAGAGUAAAUCUUGCCAUAUGGGAUACAGCAGGUCAAGAGAGAUUUCAUGCAUUGGGUCCAAUUUACUACAGAGAUUCAAAUGGAGCUGUUUUAGUUUAUGACAUGACAGAUGAAGAUUCUUUUCAGAAGGUAAAAAACUGGGUCAAAGAAUUACGGAAAAUGUUGGGAAAUGAAAUCUGUUUAUGUAUAGUUGGUAAUAAAAUAGACUUGGAAAAGGAGAGACAUGUUUCCAUUCAAGAAGCAGAAUCGUAUGCAGAAUCUGUGGGAGCAAAACAUUAUCAUACUUCAGCCAAACAAAACAAAGGAAUUGAAGAACUCUUUCUUGACCUUUGUAAAAGGAUGAUAGAAACAGCACAAGUGGAUGAGAGGGCAAAGGGCAAUGGCUCCAGUCAACCAGGAGCUGCACGGCGAGGCGUACAGAUUAUCGACGAUGAACCUCAAGCCCAGAGUGGUGGCGGAGGGUGCUGUUCCUCUGGAUAA